GAGCGAGCUUCCACGACCGAGUCGUUCAGUAGUAGCGGACUCGCCUAGCGGUCAAGGCUCCGGCGAAGCAACCGCGCCACGGAAAAAAAAAUAAAAAUAAAAAGCGCGCGCUCGCGUCUGUCAAACGUCACCAAUGCAAUUAGACGAAAGUUUUUUUAUCUAUAUUUUUUAACUAGCAACAUUUCUUAAUCGCCGGGUUUUUAGUACGAAUAACUGUUUAUUUCUUAGUGCCGGUGGAUAAUGAGUUCGUGAUUGUGGUACGUCUCGGAGUCCGUUAAGCAGCUGACAACGAAACCACGCAUGCAAUGCAAAGGUGAACAAACCAACGAACCACCAUGGGCCCGCCAAUCAACACCUGGCCCUACAGCCACCCAGGCCACGAGGAACCCCACAGGAAGUGUUUAGUGGUGACUCUGGUGGACAAGCUAGGUAGCCUAGGCUUCAACUGCAGUGUCGUGUUAGUGCUAGUACAAAUAUUUUUAAGUCUCAACUACGUGACCGCCGGCCCGGUGAUUUUAAACUUGAAUUAUUUACAAGGCCCAGUACCUCUAGCAAGAAAUAUACGACACCUACCCUGCGUGUCAAGACGGACGGGUGAAGAAGGUCUCUGCAUGUUCGCCAUCGAUUGCCUCAAAGCCAACGGCUCCCACCUCGGCACAUGCAUCGACAGAUUCUACUUCGGAUCCUGCUGUCAAAUCCCCGACAAAAACAUUCUGCCGAGCAUCAUUAAUAACAUAGACGACAACACGAUAGACAGCUCUAGUUUCGUCCACCCUCAUAACGAGGAUAAACUACAUAGCACUGUCAACAAAAUACCCGAUUUAUUUACGAAAGUCAAGCCAGUUAGUACUACUAAGAGUCCACUUGAUGUACAGAAUGUAACGGAAGCACAAACCACGGCUAGUGUGGCACAAGAAAGAACGGAACCGAAUGAAGUCGACAAAAUCGAUAGUAACACAACUCUAGACAAUACGAUACAUGAUGACGAUAAACCAACAACACACCCUGUUACGUCAUCUAGCGUUAGAGAGACGACAGAAGUUAGUAAAACAACUGAAAAGACAGAACCCACUGAAGUUCCUAUUAAACUAUCAACAUUCCAAACCGUAUCAGGAGACGCGAGCAAUUUGAUAAAAGAUCAAGAAACGACGGUAAAACCGGUAAAGAUUGAGACAACAGAGUACGUUACAACACAAUCGACGACAGAAAAACCAAAACCGACGAGGAAACCAAUAAAACCCACUUACAAACCCAGACCUACGUAUAGGCCUACUAACUUUACACGACCACAUUAUACAGGGACAGGUAGGCCUCGUCCAACAAAACCUAUCAAUUCGUAUAACACCACAAGAAAACCUCCUUUCAGAAUACCAUCCAAAAGGCCACCAACCAAAAAACCCUUACCAAUCCCACCACGAUUAAAUAUAACUAUAAUUCCUCAAUCAACUAGUUCAAAACCCGCAUUUACAAGACCUUCUAUACCUAUAAUAACAUAUAUAAACACAACGGCCGCUAAAGUCGAAGAAAAAACAACAACCCCAACAACAACAACAGUAUCUACAACAACCACAACAACGACAAUCGCUCCAAUAACAACAGAGAGAGACGAAGAAAUGGAAACUAUAACAGAAACUGUUGCUGAAGAAAAAACUGAAUCUAUUCAAAAGGUCACUGAAGCGGCGACAACAGAAUCUGUGAAAAUUACAGAACCUAUUACACAAGCAACAGAAUCACCACAAAAAUCAACAGAAGUGCCAACGAAAUUAACAGAAACAACACCAAAAAUAACAGAAACAACACAAAAACCAACAGAAAAAUUAACAAUAGAAGCGGUCAUACCAACAACAGAAUCAGUUAGAGACACAACGUUAUUAGAGACAACAAUUAUUAUAGAAACUGCGAAACCGACGGAAGCGGAGAUAACAACAACAUCAACAGAAUUCCCGCCUUUCGUGACGUGGUCGAACACUGUUGAUACGGCUACAAAAACUCCAGAAACAACAAGUACAACAACAACAACAACAACAACAACAACAACAACGACGACGACGACGACAUCACCUAAAACAACAACAGACGAUGAACUCUGGUCACCCAUUACACCGCCAGAAGGUUGGGUGCUAUUAUCAACUCCACCAAAAGAAGAUUCAACAACAUCAUCAUCAACAACAACAACAACAACAACAACAGAAACAACAACAUUAUCAGAACAACCCGUGACAGUGCUCACACAGUCAUACACAUCGCCGGCACAAUCUGAAACAACGCAAAGUGCAACAACACCAGUGACAACAGUAACAACAGCCAGUUCGACGUCGCCGCAAACGGAACUGUUGGAAUUCACAGUGAAUGUUACUCUGUCGCCCACCGUACCAACAACAACAGAAUCUGUUGUUGCGGGAAAUACUACAGUAAACGAAACGGUUGCGAAUGAAGGACAAACUAGCAAUAUAACAGAAACAACAACAACAGUAACAACAACCACAGAAUCAUACAACAUGUCCAAUUAUAAAGACGUGUGCGGUCGUCGUAUGUGGCCGCAAGGCCGUAUCGUUGGAGGCGCCAAGUCUGGAUUCGGUCAGUGGCCGUGGCAAAUAUCCCUGAGGCAGUAUAGGACAUCAACGUAUUUGCAUAAGUGUGGGGCGGCGUUGUUGAACGAAAAUUGGGCAAUUACAGCCGCGCAUUGUGUGGAACACGUCCCCCCCUCAGAAUUGCUAGUCCGUCUUGGCGAGCACGAUUUGGCGAAUGAAGACGAGCCCUAUGGGUUCGCGGAGAGACGGGUACAGAUUAUAGCCAGCCACCCCCAUUUCGACCCAGCUACGUUUGAAUAUGACCUCGCUUUGUUGAGAUUCUACGAGCCAGUGACGUUCCAGCCAAACAUUCUGCCGGUGUGCGUGCCGGAUAAUGAUGACGAUUACGUUGGCAAAACCGCGUACGUCACUGGCUGGGGGCGACUGUACGACGAGGGUCCCCUCCCCAGCGUCCUGCAAGAGGUAGAGGUUCCAGUUAUAAACAACACCGCGUGUGAGGCGAUGUACCAGGCCGCGGGGUACAACGAGCACAUCCCCAAUAUAUUCAUAUGCGCUGGAUGGAAGAAGGGCGGCGCUGAUAGUUGUGAAGGCGACAGUGGCGGCCCCAUGGUGGUACAGCGCGAGCGCGACAGCCGCUUCGUGUUAGGCGGCGUCAUCUCGUGGGGCAUCGGCUGCGCGGAGCCCAACCAGCCCGGCGUCUACACGAGGAUAUCCGAGUUCAGGGACUGGAUCAAUCAGAUACUGCAGUUCUAGGUGCUGUUUGUGUGAAAAAGACCUUGGAAUAAUUGUGAUUUUGACAUUUGAUAGGUGGAUUUCUGGAAAGAUCGGUUAUUGAAAUUGGAAAAAUAUGUUUUGUUACGACCCAUAAGGAGUUUACUAACUGGAAUUAGUUGCAGAAAGAUUCAUGUGAAAUGAAAUUGACUUUCAUUUUUCUGAUUGCUCAAAAAUUGUAACUGAACUUGAAAAACAUCUUUAUAAUGACUGAAGAUGACAGAAUUUAAUAUGAUAUUCUCUAAAAUAUUUGUCGAAAAAUGUAUUAAUAUAUCAUAAUAUUCCCGAUAUUGUAAAAAAUAACUACGUUAGUUAUAACAUACGGCAGAUUACUUAUAUUUUAAUGUAUAAUGACUGACAUAAGAAAAGUCUUCAAUACUAUUAAAAAAAUAAUGUUUUUAAUCAAAAGUAGCGAAAACAGUAGCCGUUUGUUUGAUGUGACCGUCAUCAUUCGUGUUGUAUGUGAGUAAUAUUUCAUUAACAAUAAGGAGAAUUUCAUAAAUACGAUCCGUUUCUAUUAUUUUAUUGCUUAAAAUAUGGAAACACAGCUAAACGACAAACGAUUUUUUCUACAAAAAAUCUGUAACUUAAGUUAUUAAAGGAGAAAUGAACUUGGUCACCAAAUACAUAGUACUUAUUUAAAUUAAAAUGUUUUUGCUGGUCAAUUUCAUUUAUCUAUUUUAUACGUAUCGUAUAUACUUACCUACUUAUGAUUAUUAUUUUUGCAAUGCAAACGCCACGUUAUUAUUAAAAAAGACGAUUAUUUUAAACAUGGAAUGCUUUUUAAAAGAUUGAAUAAAGAAUGUAAACAGGCAUUUUUUUCGAAACGACGACGUAAUUAAUUUUAUUAGAUAAAUAAUAAAAAUAUGCAAAUAAUCGCCAAAAGAUAUUUGUAUAAAAAUUCUGAUAUCUUGUGUUCCAAUUUUUUAUAUUUAAGACAAGUAAUGUUAAAACUUGAGCCAAUACGUAUCCGUCCAUUGUAGUGUUAGAACUAUUGUAAAUAAUUUAUAUUUUCGUAAAAUGCAUUUAUUAUUUUUCUAUUUAUGACUAGCCAUAAUUUUAGG